AUGCAGUCCAUGCCAAUACUGCUCAAGCGCUCACUCCGGUCCAGCCUCCAAUUAACACGAUCCUCCCCGGUGCGACCACAUUUCCGCCCAGCCACCCCAACGUUUCCCAUCACCAGACCGACUCCGCGGAGCUUCUCCGCCUGCGUACAAUGUCAAUUCCGCCGACAGCCCGAGACAUAUGCUGCCUUUGAUGACAAAGAGAAGUUUCCCAGCGAAGCUGAGAAGGUCAUUAAGGAGAGAGAACUAGAUAUUGGUUCCCGCGACCCGGCCCCGAUCCCGGGUGUUGAGACUGCGGAACAAUUACACACGAAGGAGGGUGAAGUAGAGAAGGAGAGGUCGGCACAGCUGGAGCAAGAUGCCAGUGAAGCCGAGGCAAAGAGUGGAGGUCUUCCUUCCUACUUGGAAAGCCGGCGGUCACAAAUGUCCAAGCAAUUCAGCACAAUGAUGGACAACCUGCAAUCAAACGUCUUUGUAGCAGGUCAAAGACUCAACGACCUGACCGGCUACUCUAGCAUCGAAGCUCUAAAGAACGAUAUCCACUUCCAAGAAAGCCGUCUCCGCACAGCCCGAGCCCACGUCAAACAAGCCAAAGAAAACUACGCCUCAGCAAUAAACCGCCGCUCAACCUCCCAACGCGAAGUAAACGAACUCCUACAACGCAAACACGCCUGGUCGCCAACAGACCUAGAACGCUUCACCCUCCUCUACCGCAACGAUCACACUAACGAAGUAGCGGAAACCGAGACCUCGCACGCACUCUCAGCAGCAGAACGCGAAGCCGAAGAAGCAGCCGCCCAACUAAGCAAGAGCAUCCUCUCUCGCUACCACGAAGAACAAGUCUGGUCCGAUAAAAUCCGCCGCAUGUCAACAUGGGGCACAUGGGGUCUGAUGGGUGUCAACGUGCUUCUCUUCCUAGUCUUCCAGAUCCUAGUCGAGCCAUGGCGCAGAAAGAGACUUGUAAAGGGCUUUGAGGAUAAGGUCGUUGAGGCGCUUGAGAAAGAGAAGGAGCUUAACCGUGCUUUCCUGGCUGAGAGUGCUGUUUCACUUUCGGCGAUCCCGUCGGAGGUUGUGGAUGCUACUUCUGAUACCGAGCCUUCAACUGUUAUUGAGGAUCUGCCCAAGGCCGUGCAGGAGACUCUCCCUGCUGAUACUGCUACUGCUACUGCUGCGCCUUCAGCGGCAGCGAUUGCAUCUGAUGCGAGUGUGAGUGCUGCUCAGUCGCUUCAGUCUCGCUUGUCUGGUAUCUCUUACCCGCCUACCUCUGUCGAAUACUGGAAGCAAGUCUUCCAUGAGUUUUUCAGUGAGCGCAGCAUAGCCGUCUCUCAGCGUGAUGUUACCACAGUGGCGCUUCAGAGUGCUGCGACUGGUGCUGCUGUUAUGGGUCUCCUCUUUGCCCUUUUUAGAUCUGGGUGA